AUGUUCGCAACGCCAGUUUUCGUUAAUAGCAAUAUACUUGAUCCCUCUAUCUAUGGCUCAAAGCGUGACAGCAUAGCCCGCACUGAGCUGUCGUCCCGACUCAGUACAACUUCUUCAGACGCGUCCUUCGGCUGUCUGCAUCGAACUGCUUCCACUAGUUCCAACGCCUCUAAAUCGUCGAAAGGCAUCAUUGAUCUCAGCGCCGAUGAUCCAUCAGCCGUCGCCGCAAUGAUGCAGUACUGUUACCAGCUUGAUUACACCGAUCAGCUAGCAGGCUGGGGCCUCGAGGUACCCGAGGACGUCACUCUUCGCUCUCACGUAGACGUGUAUAUGCUUGCAGAGCGAUAUGGCGUUGCCGGCCUGAAAGCGCUUGCACUGAAGAAAUUUGAAGACUUUGCGGCCAUGGUGCUGGUUGCCGAUGGUGAGGAAGAGCAGUUGUUACACGCAAUCCGCUCUAUCUACGCACCUGAGCGAAGAGCUAACGCGGACGACCUCAAAAGAGUUGCAAUCAAGCUUUGUGCCAAUCACGUGCAAGCGUUCAUACACGGUACAGGGAGGACCAUGGCUCUUGUAUAUGAGUCCAUGGACGAGCUACCAGAUUUCAGAGCGGACUUAUUCGAAGAGAUGGCAUCUCGCUGGAGAUAG